AUGCAACGAUCUCUUCUGGUUCAACUCGUAGAGAGGUUUUCGGAUCUUCAAGUCGUGCUUGACGAUCUGAAGGUCAGCCGUAUCGGCAACAUUGACGUGCUCCGGGACGCCUUCUCUAUGGCAAUAUCUAGACUUGGUCAGCGUCGUUUAACUUGUUUUAUUGAUGCCCUCGAUGAAUGUGAUUGGGACCAGGUCCAGGACAUGAUUACCUAUUUUGAAGGUAUCGGAGACCGUCACUACCCCUAUAUUCACAUCGAGAACGGCAUCAAAUUGACCCUCGAGGACCAGCCUGGCCAUGGACACGAUCUGGAGAAGUACGUGAGGAGCAAGCUACGAGUCGGGCCAAAGAAGCGCAUCGAAGAGAUUAGUGGCGAGGUAUUACAGAAAUCCUCUGGCGUGUUCAUAUGGGUGGUCUUGGUUGUGAACAUCCUGAAUGAUGAGUUCAAACGAGGCCGUCUGUUCGCGGUUAAGAAGAGGCUAAAAGAAAUACCUCCUAAACUGAACAACUUAUUCAAGGGUAUUCUGACCCGAGAUAGUCAUAACCUGGCCGAUCUAUUACUAUGCGUCCAAUGGAUACUCUUUGCGAAACGACCGCUUCGGCUUGAGGAGUUUUAUUUUGCGGCCGUGUCUGGAUUGGAUGCAAGCAGCCUGUCAAAAUGGAAUCCUGAAGAACCCACUGAAGAGGAUAUGAAUCGAUUCGUACUUAGUUCUUCCAAGGGCCUUGCCGAAGUCACCAUGUCAAAAGCCAGAACUGUUCAAUUCAUCCACAAAUCCGUCCGAGAUUUUCUGCUUAAGGACAACGGUCUCCGUGGUCUAUGGCCCGAUCUUGGGGAUAACUUCGAGAGUCUGUCCCACAAUCGACUCAAGCAAUGCUGCGAAGCUCACAUCCAGCUGGACAUAUCUGGUCUGAUACCUUCCGAUCAAGAACUCCCGAAAGCAUCUUCUUAUGAAGCAAAAACUCUAUAUCAGGACGAUGUUUUCGUACAACUCGAGUACGAACCAGAGUUUAAGGCUAUCACGGCUCAAACACCAGUUCAUUGGGCACUCGCGAAAGGUCAUCAAAACCUUGCUUGGCUUUUGAUCAUAUCUAAUAACUGCGACUUGGAGGCCAAAGACAGCUACGGCCUGACGCUGCUGUCGUGCGCCGCCGCGUACGCCCAUGUGGAUGUUGUCAAGCAGUUACUCGAGAAGGGCGCCGACUACGAGGCCAAAGACAGUCGCAACGGCCGGACGCCGCUGUCGUGGGCCGCCACGUACGGUCACGUGGAUGUUGUCAAGCAGCUGCUCGAGAAAGGCGCCGACUACGAGGCUAGAGACAGCUACGGCCGGACGCCGCUGUCGUAUGCCGGCCACGUAGAUGUUGUCAAGCAGCUGGAGAAGGGCGGCGAGUGCAAGACCAGAGACAAGGGCGGCCAGACGCCGCUGUCGCAGGUCGUUGCAGACGGGCGCGGGAACGUCGUGAUAAUGCAAAAGUUCAAUAGUUGUUCUUAA